AUGAAGAUUGCCAGACUUGUCUCGUCGCUGCUGGGCUUCGGCUCGCUGUCGGCCAGUGUCGCCCUGGCCAAAGACAGACAUCGCAUCGGCGUCGAGAUCAAGAGCCCCCUCAAAGGUGUCAACUUUCAGCGUAUCAAAGCCUUCCGUGAGGUUGCUCCCGAUGAGGUCUCAGGCCGCGUUCAGGCCCUCAAGCCAUUCCGUACCAAAAUUGAUGGCCACAAUGCUGCCACUGCCCUUGGAGCAGCCCAGCCACGAGGUCUCUCGGCCGCUUAUCAGAAUAUCACGGCUCUCUCCCCUUAUGGGACCCAGUACGCUGUCGAGGUCACCUGGGACGGUCAGCCCGUCAAUAUGAUCUUCGAUACCGGCAGCAGUGAUACUUGGGUCACUGCUUCCAACUUCACCUGCACCAACAUGGCUGGCACAGCAGCCUACUCCCAGGAGGCCUGUGGCUUUGGCCCGAGCAAGAUUGACGGCUUCAAGUACGGUCCUGCCGAGGACCUCCACUUCACCUUGAGCUACGGCUCUGGUGAGCGAGUGUCUGGCCCCAUGGGGUUCAGCGACAUCGAGGUGGCCGGCAUUGCCGUUCAGCAGCAACAGGUCGGCCUCGCCAACAAGACGUACUGGAUGGGCAACAACUACACAAACGGCAUCCUCGGAUUGGCUUUCCCCUCCCUUACCAGCGCCUUCAUGGGUGAUAUGGACGAGGACCGCCCUGCCUUCCAAGUCCCGUACUCUCCCUUCUUCACCAGCAUGGUCCAGCAGGGGCUCUCUGCCGAUUCCUUUAGCGUCUCUCUUGUCCGCAACUCCAGCGGCCUUAUCGCGUGGGGUGGCCGCACUGGUCUGCCAGUCGACGGUCCCACAGCGUACACUAGCCUCAUCAUUACCACCAUUAAUCCGCAUCGACCGACAGGCAGCUGGCAGUACUCAUACUACACUGUCCUUGUCGACGGCAUCCGCUGGGGAUCGACGUCGGAUACGAGAAGGUUCCUCUACAUUGUCGACACUGGCACUACGCUCAUGUACGUGCCUCCGCCUAUUGCCGAAGCCAUCGCGCGGUCCUUCUCCCCCAACGCCGUCUACCUGUUCCAAUACGGUGGAUAUUUUGCUCCUUGCGAUGCAAUCGCUCCCAAGAUUGCUGUCGUCAUCGAGGGAGCAAGCUUCUUCAUCAACCCCGUGGACCUUGUAUACCCCGGCCUUGUUGACCCACUCACGGGUUAUUGCCAGGUUGGUAUCACUACGGGGGGCACGGGGCCGUAUAUACUCGGUACCGUCUUCUUGCACAAUGUCGAAGCCUAUUUCGACGUUGGGGCCGGCCAGAUGCGUUUCUAUGGCCGAGAUACGUUUGGACCAACGCCUCAGCUGCCCGAGAAGUAG